CUAUUGGCCUGUCGUCAGCGACGGGUAAACGUGGAUGGGAAGUAACGUGUGCCUCUUCCUUUCAUUGAAAAUGAAAGGAGAGGCUUGCGACCACCUUAUCCUCGAUCCCCGCAGUCCGCAGUGCGAAGCGUUCUCUUCCACACAGCACAUGGCGACGUCGCUCCUCCACUUCCCCACCACCACCACCUCUCGGCUCGUCCUCAAGCCCGGCAUCCGCCACCGCCAGGUCAAGCUCGCCCGCUUCCCCUCCCUCCGCCUCCGGGUGGCGGCGUACAAGGUGACGAUAGAACACGAGGGGGAGCGGCGGACGCUGGAGGUGGCGGAGGACGAGACGAUACUGGAACGGGCGCUGGAGGAGGGGCUGGAGGUGUCGCACGACUGCAAGCUAGGGGUGUGCAUGACGUGUCCCGCCCGGCUAGUGAGCGGCGCCGUGGACCAGAGCGAGGGCAUGCUCAGCGACGACGUCGUCGAGCGCGGCUACGCCCUCCUCUGCGCUUCUUACCCCCGCUCCGACUGCCACAUCCGCACCAUCCCCGAGGAGGAGCUCCUCGCCCUCCAGCUCGCCACCGCCAACGACUGACCCACCACCACUCUACACCUCCUUGCCUGCCUUAUGUUUACUUCUCAGUAACAAACAGCUGCAGUUUGUCUCCUUUUUGGUACUCUCGAUGCUCUCUUUUUGUUUCCCCUUCACUUUUGGUCUCUCCUAUAUUCUUUUAGUUAUUUGGAUCAACGUUGCAUAAGAAAUGAUCUCUGAAAUAACAUGCUGCUUGUUAUAAACAACACAUUUGUGGCCUA